CGUUCAUUUACGUCAUCAUCAGCAAUGAAUGUCUUUUACAUUGAUAAAAGCUAAACUACGACCCCAAGACUAGUAAAAUUGAUGUGAAUCAUCUUUGUAAAUAAAAGGGAUUCAAAAUGUCAAGAUCUGUUACAGAUGGAGUCCGCAGCAUUAUGGGUCACAUGACCAUGGGUGUCAAAGUUGAUGAAAGCAUCAACAAACCAUGCAUCAAUGCAAUUAGCGCUUGUGCAGAUACAUCCCAAAUCGUCGUAGCCGGAAGAUCAGUCUUUAAGAUCUUCGGUGUUGAGGAGACAUGCUUCAAAGAGAAGCUCGACCUGAGGGUGGGUCGGAUAACUCUGAAAUAUUGCUGCACUGACGUCAUGUGGCACCCUUCCAAAGAUAACAUUCUAGCAACGGGAGCAACCAAUGGCCAUGUGUGUACAUGGGACUUGAACAAACACCAAGGCAAUAAGCUUGACCAGGAGUUCACUGACCACGCUCGGACGGUCAAUAGAGUGUGCUUCCACCCAUCGGAGUGGUACAUUCUGCUCAGUGGCUCACAGGACGGCACCAUGAAGUUUUUUGACCUAAGAACCAAUAAGUGUGAGUCUACGUUCGGGAAACAGAAUGAGAGUAUUAGAGAUAUUCAGUUUAGGCCACAUAGUAACUACUUCACCUUUGCUGCAACAGCAGACAGUGGGAACUUACAGAUGUGGGAUUUCAGAUGGAGUGAUAAAGUUCUGUUGGACUACAUGGCCCAUAACGGACCAGCAUUCUCACUAGACUGGCACCCAGAAGAUCGAAACUUAAUCGCAACGUGCGGCAGAGAUAGGCUAAUAAAGAUCUGGAGGUUGCAAGACAAUGCCGAAAACAAGCUAACGGAAGAAGGCACCGUCUACUGUAUUGCGUCGGUAGCCCGCAUCAAGUGGCGACCGGAGAAGAAGUCGCACAUUGCUAGCUGUUCGCAGGUUGUCGAUCAGGCAGUGUGUGUAUGGGAUAUCCGAAGACCCUAUAUGCCCUUCGCCGUUUUCGAAGAGCACAAGGAUAUGGCAACAGGUGUGGUUUGGAGAGACCCUCACUGCUUUGUCUCUGGAGGUAAAGAUGGUUAUCUCUACCAACACAUCUUCAAAGACGCUAAGAGACCUGCAGAUAGCGUGUGUCCGGUGGGUGUGUCCCUCAAUAUCUAUGGCGACGUCUGCCAUGCCCUGAUGGGCAAUUCCAGCCAAACGGACAGCCAGAUGCUGGCUACCAACUACUCCAGUACACGCAACCCUAUGACAUUCAGGCGGAGGGGACCAGCGGGCUUACCGGAAGUCUUCCGUCCAUACCAGAGCUCUAUGUUGGUGUACAAUAAGAAAGAUACAAAUGCAUUUUCAGAUGUAUUCGUCGCUACGGCUCACAGAUACAAGUUAACUGGAAAACCUUUUGCUGAACUUUGCGAGCACAACGCCAAUGUUUCCCGUGAACUGGGCAGACACCAGGUCGCUCAGACAUGGAACAUGCUCAAGCUAAUCUACACGGAUAAUCCCAUUGCCAAGAAAGGAUAUAGUAAAUCUGGAUCAACGACCAGCGACAGUUUGAAGCAGACUGAAGCAGAAAAGGCGAGUAGUCAUGACAUUCAUGCGACAGCACCUCAACCGACAGACAACCCAACAGUGGAGUCCACCUCGGGACAAACAGACGAUGAUUCAGCCCUGAGCGAUAGCGAGCUUGAACCUGGACACAGGGCCGCCGCUGAGCCUCUCAACUGGCCCCAAGAUGGAGGUGCGGGCGUGACUGAUUUCUUCUACGGUGACCAGGUACGGGAAGAGGGAGAAGGGGACGCAGAUGAGAUGUUCGAGUACGAGAAUGGCGGAUUGAACGUCGACACUUUUACGAUACCCAAUGAAGCAUUCUCACAGAGGCAUGAAAUCCUUGACACUUACAGACCCCCUUCGCCGGAUCAGUCCCACUACAAACCCCGCAAAGAGUCUAUAUCAGCUGAACUACUAGAUACAGAACCAGACCCUGUUGGCCUUGGUAACCAGAUUCUGGUUGCCCCGGCAAUCAACCCCUCCGUUGCUAAGCAACUGCCGUUUCUUCAACUUUCUGUCAAGUUCGUGCCAAUAGUUACCGACAUGUUGUCUUUUUAUGCAAAUCAGGGGGAUGUUCAAAUGGCAGUUUCUGCACUGAUUGUCUUAGGAGACAGGAUUCAAGACAAGAUCAGUAUGGAGCUACAGGAGCAGUGGUAUAUGUCUUAUAUCGAUUUGCUGACUUAUUUCAAACUCUGGUGUGUCGCUAAUGAAGUAACUAAGCUGAGCAACCACACUACCGUUGGAUCCAUCAAUCAGCAAUCUACAACGGUUUACACCAAAUGUAAUAGCUGCAGCGGCCAGUUGGAUAAGUGCUCAUGGGCCUGCCAGAACAGCAAAUGUCGCAAACUCACAAACACCUGCUCCGUUUGUCAUCUUCCAGUGAAAGGUCUGUACGUAUGGUGUCAGGGCUGCUCUCACGGUGGACAUAUACAGCACAUCCAGGAAUGGUUGCGGGAAAAUUCAACAUGUCCGACGGGCUGCGGCCAUUACUGUGAAUACACCUGAGAAGGUACCAUUGUCUGGACCUAUUAUUAUACAAGCAUGUGGUCAUGGCCCUCGUUGUCAUGCACCACGCUCAAUUUGCCUGGAAGCCUCAGUUUUGGGUCGAAUUGGAAUGUGAACUUUGAAGGCGACCAAUGGCUUAGCUUCGCCUGCAGAUGAAAUUGAAGAAUUGGAAUGGAAUGUGAACUUUGUUGGUGAGCAAUGGCUGAACUUCUCCUGCAAAUGAUAUUAAAGCAUCGAACUGGAAAUUACAUCUGGGAUAUUGACAAUGAUGACCUCAGGUAUGACCUUUGAACUUCCUUUAUAUAACUUCGUUAACCUGUGGCAAUAUAAGGGUCAAGCUCAGCAUAGCCUCCCUUGGUUUUCAGUCAAGAGUUAGUGCUUUUCUCUGUGCCUGGGAAGGAUUGUCAACCACUCAGGCCCAAUCAGGAAUCGUUGACCAAUUACUGAUUUAGAUGAUGAAACGGUCUCUAUUCCUUGCCCAACCAGGAAUUACCAAUGCCACUUGAGACUGGUCAGCUUUCAUCCCAGGCCCAAUUUGGGAUGAUUGCAUGCACCCCCACCCUGCCCAUUUAUAGCUCGUUUAGGCAGCCAAUAUCAUUGUGCUGCUUAACGCUAAACAAAAUUACGUGCUCACUGUAGCAGACAAACUUGCUUAAGCGUUUACGCUUAAGCAAAGCGUAUUUCACAGGUUAGCAAGAAAAUUAUGCAGUCAUCUUGGAUUUGCAUUCUUACGUGAUUCACCGAAAGGUUAUUUGCAUGCCUUUUCGUGUGCUUACAGAUUAGUAGCGCUAUGAGGAGAAGGUUGCAUUGUGCCCCUGGUUAGGUCAACGGCCCAAGUCGAUUAAAGGCAGUGAACACUAUUGGUAAUUACUCAAACUAAUUAUUAUAUUAGUAUAAAACCUCACUUGGU